UUUCCUCUCUUCUUCCUAAAUUUUUCAGGAGAAAACAAAGAUGGAUUCUUAUUCUUCUUGGUUGAAUUCUUUCUUAGUUCGCUUCAGACUGUCUGCCAAUCUCUUCCUUUCACAAUUCGAACCUUUGGCUCUGCUUCUCGCCCCUCUGCUCACUCUCUUUAUCGCCCGUCUACUUCACUCGCUCCUUUCCGUUAUUCACGAGAAAGGCCUCAAAGCUACGGUCUUAGUCUUGUUCAUGAGUUCCAUCAAGUUGGUUCCUGGUGUUCAGAGUUAUAUUGAUGCAGAGAAGCAAAAGGUUGUGGAUAAGCUACAAUCUGGUAGCAAAUCCAAAAGAGAACACUGGAGGACAGAGUUGCCAACCACAGGUUUAGGAGUGGGUGUUAUAGAGGAAAUGAAAGAUGUAAAGAGCAAUGAUGCUGAUUGGAAAGGAAAAUGCUCCGGUACAGUCUACAUUGGUGGAAGUGAAUCUGAAGGACAUUUUUCUUUGAUCAAUGAGGCAAGCUCGAUGUUUGCACAUACCAACCCAUUACAUUUAGAUGUGUUUCAGAGUGUGGCGCGAUUUGAGGCUGAAGUGGUUGCUAUGACAGCAGAUCUACUUGGCAGUAAAGAGAAGGCUUCUGGAGGACAAGUUUGUGGAAACAUGACAUCAGGAGGAACUGAGAGCAUAUUAUUAGCAGUGAAAACAUCUCGGGAUUACAUGAAGGCGAAGAAGGGAAUUACAAGGCCAGAAAUGAUAAUAGCUGAAUCUGCACAUUCAGCAUAUGACAAGGCAGCACAAUAUUUUAACAUCAAACUCCGUCGCGUCCCUGUCAAUAAAGAAUUUAAAGCAGAUGUUAAAGCAAUCAGAAAACAAAUUAACAGAAAGACAAUCUUGAUUGUUGGAUCUGCACCUGGGUAUCCUCAUGGCAUCAUUGACCCUAUUGAGGAGCUUGGUAAACUGGCUGAUAGCUAUGGAAUUUGUCUCCAUGUUGACCUUUGUCUUGGUGGCUUUGUGUUGCCUUUUGCUCGUAAACUCGGGUACCCAAUUCCGCCAUUUGAUUUCACUGUUAGGGGAGUAACAUCAAUUUCAGCGGAUGUGCAUAAAUAUGGGCUGGCUCCUAAAGGAACGAGUGUAGUUCUUUACAGAAAUCAUGACAUUAGAAAGCAUCAAUUUGUAGCUGUUACUGAGUGGUCGGGUGGGCUUUAUGUGUCUCCAACCAUAGCUGGAAGCAGGCCUGGAGGAGUAAUUGCUGGAGCUUGGGCAGCAAUGAUGUCUCUGGGACAACAAGGUUACUUGGAGAACACAAGAAAAAUCAUGGAAGUAUCGAAGAUGAUUCAGAAAGGGAUAAAGGAGAUUCCUGAGUUGUUCAUCAUUGGGAACCCAGACAUGACAAUCGUGGCAUUUGGAUCUGCUGUUCUGGACAUAUUUGAAGUCAAUGAUAUCAUGUCUGGCAAAGGUUGGCAUUUAAAUGCAUUGCAGAGGCCCAACAGCAUUCAUAUCUGUGUCACUCUUCAACAUGUACCAGUAGUUGAUGCCUUCCUCCAGGAUUUGAGGGAAGCUGUACAAACUGUGAAAGAAAACCCAGGGCCGAUAAGCGGAGGUCUAGCACCCAUAUACGGUGCUGCAGGGAAGAUGCCAGAUCGAGGCAUGGUUCAAGAUUUGUUGGUAAAUUACAUGGAUGGUACAUGCUAGUGCCCAAAUAGAGCCGAUGAAGGUUGAUUUUAGAUCCGUAAGAGUGGUGCAUCCCGGAAUCAAGUACAAAGAACUAGAGUUUGAGUCUCGGCCAUUCAUUACCUUGCCAUCCCACACCUCAGUUCUGAUCCAUUUGCUUCUUCACAAUAUAUUGGUUUGUAAUUUGUACUAUAAGAAUUAUGGUUAAUUUAGGAUGGAAAUAAAUGUAUUUGUUUGCUUAACAUCACUUCACUGAAAAUCAAUAAUUACUGAUUUUUACUUGAUUAAAAAUA